UUCCUCACGUGCUCUGAAGCUUUCUUUCCCCUCACGCUCUUUCAACGGCUCGCUAGACAGAAGCUUACAAAAAGGCGCGUAGUAAAGAUUAAAUAUAUGUUUACAAGUGAUCUUGAUUAAUUUACUCGGAAACUCGAUUUUAACAUGAGGGAGAUUGUUCAUCUGCAGGCCGGUCAAUGUGGAAAUCAGAUCGGUGCCAAGUUUUGGGAGGUUAUCAGUGAUGAACAUGGAAUAGACCCAACAGGCACUUACCAUGGAGAUAGCGAUCUGCAGCUUGAGAGAAUCAACGUCUACUAUAAUGAGGCAACAGGUGGCAAGUAUGUUCCUCGUGCCAUUCUAGUUGAUCUGGAGCCUGGCACGAUGGACUCUGUCCGCUCUGGACCAUUUGGCCAAAUAUUCAGACCGGACAACUUUGUCUUUGGACAGAGUGGUGCAGGUAACAACUGGGCAAAGGGCCAUUACACUGAGGGAGCAGAGCUGGUAGACUCUGUCCUGGAUGUGGUGAGAAAGGAAGCCGAGAGCUGCGACUGUCUUCAGGGUUUCCAGCUCACCCACUCCCUUGGAGGCGGCACGGGCUCUGGUAUGGGUACCCUGUUGAUUAGCAAGAUCCGUGAGGAGUACCCUGACCGCAUCAUGAACACCUUCAGUGUGGUGCCCUCCCCCAAAGUGUCAGACACCGUGGUGGAGCCCUACAAYGCCACCCUGUCUGUGCAUCAGCUAGUGGAGAACACUGACGAGACUUAUUGCAUCGACAACGAGGCCUUGUAUGACAUCUGCUUUCGCACUCUGAAGCUGACGACUCCCACUUACGGGGACCUCAACCACCUGGUGUCAGCCACCAUGAGUGGUGUCACCACCUGCCUGCGCUUCCCCGGCCAGCUCAACGCCGACCUACGUAAGCUAGCUGUCAACAUGGUCCCAUUCCCCCGCCUGCAUUUCUUCAUGCCAGGYUUUGCCCCCCUCACCAGCAGAGGUAGCCAGCAGUACAGAGCGCUGACGGUGCCCGAACUCACCCAGCAGAUGUUCGAUGCCAAGAACAUGAUGGCCGCCUGCGAUCCCCGCCACGGCCGCUACCUCACUGUGGCCGCAAUUUUCCGUGGCCGCAUGUCCAUGAAGGAGGUGGACGAGCAGAUGCUGAACGUGCAGAACAAGAACAGCAGCUACUUUGUUGAAUGGAUCCCCAACAAUGUCAAGACUGCAGUCUGCGACAUCCCACCCCGCGGCCUCAAAAUGUCCGCUACCUUCAUUGGCAACAGCACGGCCAUCCAGGAGUUGUUUAAGCGCAUCUCUGAGCAGUUCACAGCCAUGUUCCGCCGCAAGGCCUUCCUGCACUGGUACACCGGAGAGGGCAUGGACGAGAUGGAGUUCACCGAGGCCGAGAGCAACAUGAACGACCUGGUAUCUGAGUACCAGCAGUACCAGGAUGCCACCGCCGAGGAGGAGGGCGAGUUUGAAGAGGAGGGAGAAGAGGAUAUGGGUUAGACGGAUAAGAGAUUUUAAAAUCAAUUUCAACUGCAUUCCAUCCCUUGUUUGUUUGUUCUUUUAUUCUUUCACUGCACAAAGAGCUGCUGUCAGUGUUUAACCUGUUGUAAUUACAAUAAAUCUUAUCAGCAUUUUC